AUGUCCGUUGCCAGCUCCGUAGUCAUCACCCAGUCACGAGUCUACGCGGACGCGCUUUCCCACCACCCCAAGAGCUACUGGGACUACGAAAACAACAUGCUCAAGUGGUGGCCUCAGGACAGCUACCAGCUCAUCUCGAAGAUCGGGCGUGGCAAGUACUCGGACGUGUUUCUCGGCACGGACGUGACGUCCAAAGACCAGCGCAAAUGCGUGAUCAAGGUGUUGAAGCCGAUCAAGAAGAGUAGGAUUAAACGCGAGAUCUCCAUCUUGCGCAACAUUUCGGGGCAGGACGCGAAUGUCAUCGAGAUCCUCGACACUGUGCGCGAUCCGCAGUCCAAUACUCGUGCACUUGUGUUCGAGUACGUCAACAACACCGACUUUCGCACCUUAUACCCCACCUUCACCGACUUUGACAUCCGCUUUUAUAUGUACGAGUUGCUCAAAGCACUCGACUUUGCGCACUCGCAGGGCAUCAUGCAUCGUGACGUCAAGCCGCACAACGUGAUGAUUGACCACCCGAAUCGUGUGUUGAAGCUCAUCGACUGGGGCUUGGCCGAGUACUACCAUCCCAAGAUGGACUACAACGUACGUGUUGCGUCGCGCUACUUCAAAGGCCCCGAGUUGCUCGUGGGCUACCGCUAUUACGACUACUCACUCGACAUGUGGUCGCUAGGUGCAAUGCUUGCAUCCAUGGUGUUCUUGAAGGAGCCGUUCUUUUACGGUAAGUCUAACCCUGACCAACUUAUCAAGAUCGCCUGUGUGUUGGGAACUGACGGCUUGGACGCGUAUUUGGACAAGUACAACAUUACACUUCCCCUGGAGUAUGACGGGUUAAUUGGAGUGCAUGCCAGAAGACCCUGGAAGCGCUUUGUCGACGAGAAGAAUCAGCAUUUGGUGAGCGACGACGUCUUGGACUUUUUGGAUAAGGUCUUGCGGUAUGACCAUAUGGACCGGUUGACCGCCAAGGAGGCCAUGCAGCAUGACUACUUCAGGCCGGUGCGAGAGCAAGAUGUUGCCAAUUUGAUAUAA